AUGAAAGGCUUAUCCACGGCUGUGGCGCUCGCCACCACUGGCGCCACCAUCGCCAAUGCUCAAACCGCGCACACGCCCAACAUCGACUGGGCCGCCGCCCACACCAAAGCCAGCGCGGCGCUCGCGCAGCUCAACCAGACCGAAAAGAUCGGCAUCGUGACGGGCGUGGGGUGGGGCAACGGGCCCUGCGUGGGCAACACGUACGCGGUGCCCAAGAUCGGGUACCCCAGCCUGUGCCUGCAGGACGGCCCGCUCGGCAUACGCUACGCCGCCAACGUCUCCGCCCUGCCCGCCGGCAUCCAGGCCGCCAGCACCUGGGACCGCGAGCUCAUCUACCAGCGCGGACUGGCGCUCGGCAAGGAGGCCAAGGGGUUGGGGAUCCAUGUGCAGUUGGGCCCCGUUGUGGGCGCGUUGGGGAAGUACCCCGAGGCCGGUAGGAACUGGGAGGGUUUCGGGCCUGACCCCUACCUCGCCGGUAUCUCCAUGCACGAGACGAUCGUUGGCAUGCAGGAUGGCGGCGUGCAGGCGUGCGCGAAACACUACAUCGGCAACGAGCAAGAGCUGAACCGGACGACCAUCUCGUCCAACAUCGAUGACCGCUCCAUGCACGAGCUCUACCUCUGGCCCUUCGCGGAUGCCGUGAAGGCGGGAGCAACGUCCUUCAUGUGCUCGUACAACAAGCUCAACGGCACCUGGGCCUGCGAGAACGACAAAGCCAUGAACGGUCUUCUCAAGGAGGAGCUCGACUUCCAGGGCUUCAUCAUGACCGACUGGGGCGCGCAGCACAGCACCGUCGAAGCCGCCAACGCCGGUCUAGACAUGUCCAUGCCCGGCACCGACUACAACAAGACCCCCGGCAGCCUGUACUGGGGUGCCAACCUGACCGCCGCCAUCGAGGUGGCCGGCAACGUCACCCAGGGCCGCCUCGACGACAUGGUCCUGCGCAUCCUCGCCGGCUGGUACGCCGUCGGCCAGGAUACGCCCGACUACCCGGAGGUUACCUUCAACUCGUGGGCCUCCCCCGGCCAGGCCGGCGGCUACCCCGCGCCGCAGACGCAGCACAACGAGAUCGCCCGCGCCGUCGCGAGGGACGGCAUCGUGUUGCUGAAGAACGAGAACAAGGCGCUGCCGCUCAAGGCGCCGAAGAGCCUGGCCGUCAUCGGCUACGACGCAAUCGUCAAUCCCGACGGCAUGAACGCCUGCGUCGACCGCGCGUGCAACAACGGCACCCUGGCCAUGGGCUGGGGUUCCGGCACGGCUGAGUUCCCGUACCUCAUCGCCCCCCUCGACGCCCUCACCACCCGCGCCACCGCCGACGGCACCACCAUCAUCCCCUCAACAACCGACGACACCACCGCCGGCGCCAGCGCCGCCGCCGCCGCCGACACAUCCCUCGUCUUCAUCACGUCCGACGCCGGCGAGGGGUACCUCGUCGUCGAAGGCAGCGAGGGCGACCGCCUCUCGCUCGACCCGUGGCACCACGGCAACGACCUCGUCGCGGCCGUCGCCACCGCCGCCGCCGGGAAGCCCGUCAUCGUCGUCGUGCACUCCGUGGGCCCCGUCGUUCUCGAAAGCGUGCUAUCGCAUGAAAACGUCGUCGCGGUCGUGUGGGCGGGGUUGGGCGGGCAGGAGCAGGGGAAUGCGGUGGUGGAUGUGCUGUACGGCGAGGUUAGUCCGAGCGGGAAGCUGCCGUACACGAUUGCGAAGGCCGAGGCGGAUUACGGGGUCAAGAUCGAUGGGCCGGAUGUGGAUGAUGGGUUUGAGGAGGGGCUGUAUAUUGAUUAUAGGCAUUUUGAUAAGGCGGGGAUUGAGCCAAGGUUUGAGUUUGGGUUUGGGUUGUCAUACACCAACUUCACCUACUCCAACCUCGCCGUCACUUCCGCCGCCGCAGCGGGCAACAGCUCCUCCAGCUACGCCCCCACCUACAGCCAUGGCGCCUCGACCGUCUCUGAUCUCUACGCCCCGCUCGCCACCGUCACGGCCACCAUCGCCAACGCCGGCGACGUCGCCGGCGCCGAAGUCGUCCAGCUCUACCUCUCGCUGCCGGAGGGUAGCGCCGAUGCGCCCCCGCGCCAGCUCCGCGGCUUCGACAAGAUCGCCCUGGGCGCGGGCGAGAGCGGCACCGUCGAGUUUGUUUUGAGGAAGAAGGACGCUAGCUACUGGAGUGUCGAGCAGCAGCAGUGGGUGCUGCCGUCCGGCGAGUUUGCGGUCGCGGUGGCGGCGAGUUCGAGGGAUUUGAGGUUGGAGGGGGUGUUGGUUGUUUGA